GACGCAGCGGCGGAGCACGCGGGGCGGAGGCUGGAAGGAGGAGGAGGAGGAGGCGGAGGCUGGAGAAUGGCAGUAGUCGGGAGGAGCCGCCGAGGUCGGGCCGAGGAGGAGGAGUCCGGGAAACUGGCUGCCUGGACCCCUCCUCCACACCCACCCCCCUGCCCCAUCUGAGAGGCGCCUCCGCCCGUCGGACCCCUCCCCCCGUACUUCCUCCUGCCGCCGCUGCCGCCGCCGCCGCCGCUGGGAGAUGGGCCUGGCCGCCAGCAGACAGCGGUUCCCCGGCCCCUGCCGCUGUCGCCUCCGCGCUUGAGUUGAAGUUUUAAGAUGUCACUUCUUUGUUAGCUGAAAGAAGAUGCAUAAGAUCAAAACAAUACACAUAUAUAACUACACCUGCGCAGCUGAAAACAAGAGGGAUGAUAUUGCUUUGCUAGAUACAUCUAUCUAUUCCAGAUGGUGGUAGACUUCAACCAAAAAAGGAGGCUCAGCAGUGUUCCCGGGCUUGAUGUAAUCAGCACAAUGUCACCUGCAAACAGGAGCAUCUGGAGGACCUCACCAUCCAUAGGGAAUUCCUUUCCAUUUGGACUCUGUGCUGGACAUCCUCCAUGACAGUGACAAACACCUUUGAUCAUCUGUAAGAACAAUCACUUGGAAAUUAAAAACUAUUUUGAAAGUUCUUCAUCAGGAACUAAGGAUAAUCUCACAUCAUGGCCAAAUCUUAAUGCAGAGAAACAAGAACAAUGACUGAUCACUAAAUAAUGAUGAGGGUUGUGUGUGAACACUGACCCUGAUUCAGUUGUAAUGAGUAUUCUAGACAUGAGUUUGCAUCGGCAAAUGGGGUCAGAUCGGGACCUUCAGUCUUCUGCCUCAUCUGUGAGUUUGCCUUCUGUCAAAAAGGCACCCAAAAAAAGGUCAUUUAGGUCAUUUCUAUUUAGGAAGAAAAAGGACACCAAACGUAAAUCAAGGGAUCUCAAUGGCGGGGUAGAUGGAAUUGCAAGUAUUGAAAGUAUACAUUCUGAAAUGUGUACUGAUAAAAACACAGUUUUCUCCACAUAUACCUCCUCUGACAGCGGAACAGCUAUCAACAGCAAACAAAAUGGAGAAUUUAUGGAGUGUCCUUUGUGCCUUUUGCGGCAUUCCAAGGAAAGAUUCCCUGAUAUAAUGACCUGUCAUCAUAGAUCUUGUGUGGAUUGCUUACGACAAUAUCUGAGAAUUGAAAUCUCUGAGAGUAGAGUUAAUAUCAGAUGCCCAGAAUGCACCGAACGAUUUAAUCCCCAUGAUAUUCGCUUGAUAUUAAGUGAUCAUAUCUUAAUGGAAAAAUAUGAAGAAUUUAUGCUUAGACGGUGGCUUGUUGCAGACCCUGACUGUAGGUGGUGCCCAGCUCCAGACUGUGGAUACGCUGUGAUAGCAUUUGGCUGUGCCAGCUGUCCAAAAUUAACUUGUGGACGUGAAGGCUGUGGAACAGAGUUCUGCUACCAUUGUAAACAAAUUUGGCACCCAAACCAGACCUGUGAUGCUGCCCGACAGGAAAGAGCCCAGAGCCUUCGUCUGAGAACAAUACGUUCUUCUUCCAUUAGUUAUAGCCAAGAGUCUGGAGCAGCAGCUGAUGAUAUAAAACCAUGUCCACGAUGUGCUGCAUACAUAAUAAAGAUGAAUGAUGGAAGCUGCAAUCACAUGACAUGUGCUGUCUGUGGUUGUGAGUUUUGUUGGCUGUGUAUGAAAGAGAUUUCAGAUUUACAUUAUUUAAGCCCUUCAGGAUGUACUUUUUGGGGAAAGAAACCUUGGAGCCGUAAGAAGAAAAUACUAUGGCAGCUGGGAACACUCGUUGGUGCUCCUGUAGGAAUUGCUUUAAUAGCUGGCAUUGCUAUUCCUGCAAUGAUUAUUGGAAUCCCGGUGUAUGUUGGACGUAAGAUUCAUAAUCGAUAUGAAGGCAAGGAUAUUUCAAAACACAAACGGAAUUUGGCCAUAGCAGGUGGUGUGACAUUGUCCGUAAUAGUGUCUCCAGUCGUAGCUGCAGUAACUGUAGGCAUUGGUGUUCCUAUUAUGUUGGCUUAUGUUUAUGGAGUCGUUCCAAUAUCUCUCUGUCGAAGUGGAGGUUGUGGAGUGUCAGCAGGCAAUGGAAAGGGAGUCAGGAUCGAAUUUGAUGAUGAAAAUGAUAUAAAUAUUGGUGGAACAAAUAUAGCAGUAGAUGCGACUUCAGUAGCAGAAGCACGCCACAACCCUAGCAUAGGGGAAGGCAGUGUUGGUGGACUGACUGGUAGUCUGAGUGCUAGUGGAAGCCAUAUGGAUCGAAUAGGAGCCAUUCGGGACAAUUUAAGUGAAACAGCCAGCACUAUGGCACUAGCCGGAGCUAGUAUAACAGGGAGUCUAUCAGGAAGUGCAAUGGUCAACUGUUUUAACCGGUUGGAAGUACAAGCGGAUGUACAGAAAGAACGAUACAGUCUGAGUGGAGAAUCUGGCACAGUCAGUUUGGGGACAGUUAGUGAUAAUGCCAGUACCAAAGCAAUGGCGGGAUCCAUCCUAAAUUCCUACAUCCCAUUGGACAAAGAAGGCAAUAGUAUGGAGGUACAAGUCGAUAUUGAAUCAAAACCAGCCAAAUUCCGACACAAUAGUGGAAGCAGUAGCGUGGACGAUGGUAGUAGUGCUCUUGGCCGUGGUCAUGCUGGUGGUUCAUCUGGUGCUGUGCCAGAAGGUAAAUCCAGUGCCACCAAGUGGUCCAAAGAAACAGCAAGCAAAAAACCUAAAGGUAAACUGAGAAAGAAGAGUAGCAUGAAGAUAAACGAGACCAGAGAGGACAUGGAUGCACAGCUAUUAGAACAGCAGAGCACAAACUCCAGUGAAUUUGACUCUCCAUCUCUCAGUGAUAGCAUUCCAUCUGUAGCUGACUCCCACUCGAGUCAUUUUUCUGAAUUCAGUUGCUCUGACUUGGAAAGCAUGAAAACUUCUUGUAGUCAUGGUUCCAAUGAUUAUCAUACACGUUUUGCUACUGUUAGCAUUCUUCCUGAGGUAGAAAAUGACCGCCUGGAAAACUCUCCCCAUCCAAAUGGCAUUCCUGUGCUGACUACCCCUGCUGAAGUUCCACCAUUGAGCUAUAUUGCUGAAGAGUGUGGGAGCAGUGUGACAACAGCCAGUGUAGAUCUCUGUUUUGGUGGGGGACUAAAGGAAACAAAUAACAAUGAUUCACAACAGGUUAUGGAAUUAAAUACUACAAUUCAGACUGAAAUUUAGGCCUGUAAGUGCUGCAAGAUAUUUACCACUGAACAGUCCUAUUGGAGCUGGUUGAACCACCUGUGACUACUGUAAGUUUCAAGUUACCAGCAGAAGCCAGGUUUCAUAAUAAUGAUUCAAUUAGAUUUUAUAUGUAACAAGGCAAAAUGCUUCAUGUGGAUCUUAGUUAUCAAACUCUGUGAAGUGAAAGGAAGCUUUAAAAGUGCAUUACAACUGGACAAUAAACCAUAAGAUGAAAGCUAAUGUUUUGUGUGUUUGCCACAAAACUCUGCUUUAAAGUACAUACUUGUGUAUUCAGAUAGAAAUUUGGCUUAAUUUAUAAUGGAUAUAUAAAAAAUUAAUGUAGUUCUACAACAUUCUCAUGAAUACUUGAGACUUUCUGAUAAAUGGGUAGUGGCAAUUUAUCAAAAACCACUAAGGGAUAUUGUUUAAAAGAAACAUGAGUCUCCCAGGAUCCUUGCAGAUUAUUCUACAAUAGCUGAUGUCCUUUAUAACAUUUCUACUCAUAACUGGGCACAAUUUUUUUUUUCCCUUCUGGGAUAAAUCAUAUGCAGUGUCGCUAUACAGAGCUUAAUGCAGCCCAUUUACUACUGUUUGGAUACUUGUACACUUUGAGCAAUGUUAUGGCAAUUUUUGCACAACUUUGAAAUAGAGAAACAUGGUACGUGGCAUAUCUUGUAUAAUGUUUAUAUCACCUUACUAGAAAGGUAUAAUGGUAAUUAAGUAGACAGACAGCAACAAAUAAUGGUAAGAUAUAUACAGAAUGUAAAAUAAGACUCCAUUGGUUUAUAAGCAUUUUAAAGAAACAGUUACUUUUAUCAUCAAGGGGAAGAAUGUGCCCCACUGAUUCUCGGUGCCUUUGGAAUAGGCUGGGUUGUAAGUGCCUGGUUGUUUGAGGAUUUUACCAUGUUGUUUUCCAGAAUGUCCCCUUUGGCCACCUUGGAUUAUAAAGAGAAACUACAGAACCUAAAAUGACUUGGGUAGAUAGGGAAACACAUAAUUCUUAUUGCUGCUGAUGUUGAAAAAGUAUUAGCCUACCAAAGACUCACUCAGGCUUUAGUGGACAACCUUUACAUAACAGCAGUUUGCAAAACACAUGCCCAUCUCCAGUCAUUGAAUCAAAGCACAGUGCAGUGCUUGUACAAGUAUAAAAGGCAGAUUCCCAGUAUGGCCAGCUUAAUUCCCUUUAACUUUUGCUUUACAAAAGAAGGUGACUCCGGCCAAAAUGCAUGCACUGUUAAUUUUCCUGCCUAAUUCACUAAAUUGCAAGGCAAGUGAUUCUGAAAAAAAAUAGUAGUAAAAAUGUUCUCACUUCUAUGUUUCUUGUAAGUAUUGCCAUUAUGGUGCUACCGAGAGUUUUGGUUUGGUUAAAAAGAAAAAUGCCAUGGGCUGCAGUCCUCUUCCAUGAUUCUUCCUUACCAGUUCCAUUAAUAUGCUUAUAACACUAGUGCCAGUUAUGUUAUUUGAUAGUGCUUGUUAUGAUAUUUGUAUAUUUGUUUGCAAUCCAAUUUUGCUCAAUAAUAUGCGUGUAAACUGCAUACCUGAAAUAAAUGUAAGUACUAAU